CCAAAAAAAAUUUGGAGUCCCAGACCAAACGGUGUCAUUUUUCUCUAAAAAAACUCAGCCAUGCUAUUCGUGUUUUCUCUCCAAAUUCCAAGCCUUGCCCCUCGCCUCCUCCGACAAUCAUCUCCAUCUCCUUCUUUGCCCCUUCUGCAAUCAUCUCCAUUGCCUCCUCACCUCCUCACUCAAAAAGCUCACCAGUAAUGUCGCCUCCUCUGCAAUCAUCUCCACCUCUCCCUUUCCCCCUUUUCCCUCAUGUGAGGUUGAGGCGAUUAGAAGCCAAGAGACAUAACCACGCCUCUCAUGAGGUCGAAGUGCCAUAGAACAAAAGAAAUCGAGAUUUGUGUUCCUUUGUCACAUGAGCUUGAGGGAGUUGCGAACCAAUUUAUUUGGGUUUUGCAAGUUUGGUUGCUGUGAUUUUGGUUAUAAUAGUGUUGAAAUUAAAUGAUGAGAAUUGAAGUUGCAACUUUAGUUAUAAUAGAGGAAACUCAGAUUUGGGUUUGUUGUCUUCAAAGAUGCCUGAGUUCUGCUCCUCGUCUUUUCUCUUUCCCGGGUUCUGUUCACAAAUUGAAUUUAUGAGUUUUUUUUCUUAUUUUUAUUUUUAUUAUUAUGUUGUUUUCUUGGUCGCAUUUGAUUACGGAUUGAAAUAUACUUGUGCGUUUAAUGCAAAAUUCAAGUUUGUUUCAUUAUUGAGAAUUUCGAUUUCAAUUUUAGUGUUGUGAAAAGAUUACUGCAAAUGGGAUUUGAACUAAAUUUGUUUUUCUUGCGUGGGCUCAUUAAUGAUGGUUUUGAUUGUUUCUGAUGUUGUAUUGCUCGUCUUGCCUCUCAAUUUCGUUCAGUUUCAUGUUGAAUUUUGAAUUUGUUUUUUCCUCUUAACAUCCCCAUUGUACUGCCAACACUUUGGAGGGGAAGGCAUGGCAAGGCUUCAAAGUUCUAGGUUU